GCUCCAGAGUACCAAAACAGGAUGAUCCGCCGCUGCACCGUCACCGACAACCUUCGCUUCACUUUCACACGCGUUUAACCCUUCACUCCGACCCCCGCGCUACCUCCAUGCUUUGCCCUCCUCCUGAGAUGCGAUACCGCUGCACGGCUUCCCGGAGAAUAUCUUCACCUUCCGUCGCUCCUCGCUGAUCGAGAGCAUGCCCGACGCGGGGACGGCAGCGGCCGCGGCGGCCGCCGUCGGCGACGGCCCAGACAGCUCCCGGCACCGACACCGAGCGCCGCAGGGAGACGCGGAGAGGCCGGAGCCGGGCGCUGCCGCACUACAGACCUCCUCCGGUGUACUGGAUAAGUUGUUUGGAAAGCGGCUGCUGCAGGCUGGAAGACACAUCAUGUCUCAUAAGUCUUGGAUGAAAACGGUGCCCACAGAGAACUGUGAUGUCCUCAUGACAUUUGCAGACACUACAGAUGACCACACGUUGCUAUGGCUACUGAACCAUAUCCGGCUGGGAAUCCCAGAGCUCAUCAUCCAAAUUCGACAUCACAAGCACACACGAGUCUAUGCGUUCUUCGUCACUGCUACAUACGAAAAUUUGUUGCGAGGUGCCGAGGAGAUGGGACUGAGGAAAGCGGUGAAGCCCGAGUUUGGAGGAGGAACACGAAGCUUCUCCUGUGAGGAGGACUACAUCUACGAGAACAUUGAGAGCGAGCUGUGCUUCUUCACUUCACAGGAGAGGCAGAGCAUCAUUAAAUACUGGCUGGACAACCUACGUGCCAAACAUGGGGAGGUGCUUCAUAAUAUCAACUUCCUGGAGGGCCAGCCAAUCAUCCCGGAGCUAAGUGCGCGAGGUGUAAUCCAGCAGGUGUUUCCUCUCCAUGAGCAGAGGAUCCUCGGUCAGCUGAUGAAGUCCUGGGUCCAGGCUGUUUGUGAGAAACAGCCCUUAGAUGAUAUCUGUGACUACUUUGGAGUGAAGAUUGCCAUGUAUUUUGCCUGGUUGGGUUUCUACACCACUUCUAUGUUAUAUCCUGCUGUGAUCGGCUUUGUGCUUUGGAUGCUCACCGAGUCAGAUCAGACCAGCCGUGACAUCUGCUGUGUGGUGUUUGCACUGUUCAACGUGGUGUGGGCCACUCUGUUUCUGGAGCGGUGGAAGCGGAGGGGGGCUGAGCUGGCGUACAAGUGGGGAACACUGGACACGCCUGCUGAAUCCCUGGAGGAACCACGGCCUCAGUUCCGGGGAGUCAAGCGCUGUAGUCCCAUAACAGGAUGUGAGGAGUUCUACUAUCCUCCGUGGAGGAGGCGUGUAUUCAGGUGGCUGGUCAGCUUGCCCAUCUGUAUCCUUUGUCUCUGCUUUGUCUUCCUGGUCAUGCUCAUCUGCUUCGAGCUGCAGGAAUUUGUGAUGGGGAUCAAGGAAAUGCCUCGGCUAGCCCGCUUCAUCCCCAAAAUUAUGCUAGCUAUCACUGUGACUGCGUGUGACGAGGUGUACAGGAAAAUCGCCUGCUGGCUCAACGACAUGGAAAACUAUAGACUCCAGAGUGCCUAUGAGAAAAAUCUCAUCAUCAAAAUGGUUCUUUUUCAGUUUGUAAAUUCUUAUCUCAGCCUUUUUUACAUUGGAUUCUACCUCAAAGACAUGGAGCGCCUGAAAGAGAUGCUGGCAACUCUGCUCAUCAUACGCCAGUUCCUUCAGAAUGUGAAGGAGGUGCUGCAGCCUUACCUGUAUGAGCGCCACAAGCUGGGCGAGCUUACACUGCGAGCUGUGUGGGACCUGCUGCUCUCGGUGCUGCUAAAAUACGCCCGGCUGGCCGCUGGAAGGGCCCAGGUCUCUCCCACUGAUCAGGCCAUGCCAGGACCUGGACUGAGGGGCACCAGGCCUGGGGUGGGGCAGCCAGAGAGAAGGGAAAAGAAGUGUUUAAAUGGGGGAUGUGGGGUGCCUGAUGAAGAAGAGGGAGGUGAGAGGGACGAGGCUGACAGUGGGAGGUUCAGUGAAGGAGAGACGGAGGAGGAAAGUCUGAUCGACUGUGGUUUGAAGCUGAGGAAAGUCAGCUUCAUAGAGAAGGCGGACAGAAGGCCAGUCUGCAGUGGCCCCCCCAUGGACAACAGUUUCAUGGAGGAGGGGAGCCCCACUAUGGUGGAAAAAGGAAUGGACCCUGCCUCCGUGUUUGAAAUGUGUGACGACGACGAUGACAAUGGCAUCCAUGAUGUGAAGGAAUCGGGUGGGGGAGGGACAGGUGCUGCUGAGGGUAUUCAUGCUGCUGCUGGCGCCGCCGCUGCUGCCACGAGCGCUGCUCCGCUGCCUCCUGGGUCUGAGAGCGGCACGUCACUGCGACACAGAAGAAGGGGCAGAAGCGCAGAGAGACCCGAGCCUAAAACAAAAAGGGAGUCAUGGAUGGACCCACCUGAAGAGAGAGAGAGCUCCACGCUCACUCAGGCUGAGAUGGAGAGCUGCAUGCAGACUUAUGCUGACACCUUCCAGGACUACCAAGAGAUGUUUGUCCAGUUUGGCUACGUGGUGCUCUUCUCCUCAGCCUUCCCUCUGGCUGCAAUGUGCGCUCUCAUCAACAACAUCAUCGAGAUCCGCAGUGAUGCUUUUAAGCUCUGCACUGGUCUGCAGAGGCCAUUUGGAGUCAGAGUGGAGAGCAUCGGCCAGUGGCAGACUGCAAUGGAAGCCAUGGGCCUGAUUGCCAUCAUAGUGAAUUGUUACCUGAUUGGUCAGUGUGGUCAGCUACAGCGUCUCUUCCCGUGGCUCAGCCCUGAGAUGGCAAUCAUCUCUAUCGUCAUCCUGGAGCACUUUGCCAUUCUUCUGAAAUACAUCAUCCAUGUGGCCAUACCUGACAUUCCUAUGUGGGUCCGAGAGGAGAUGGCUAAACUGGAAUAUCAGCGCAGGGAGGCCUUUAAGAAGCAUGAGCGGCAGGCACAGCAGCAUUACCAGCAGCUGCAGAGGAGGAAGAGGGAGGAGGAAGAGAGGCAGAGGCAGGCGGAGCACAUGGCCCGUAGGGAAAGGGAGCGAGAGGACAGCAAGGGUGACUCCUCCGGGGAUCACCACCACGACAAAAGUCACGGCAGCAAAUCACGCCCCGGCGUUGGAGGAGGAGGGGGUGGCGGGUCAGAGAAACCCAAGAGGCCCAGCUCCCUGCUGGCCAACAAUAAUGUGAUGAAGCUGAAACAGAUCAUCCCGCUGCAGAGUAAGUUCUCCUCGAGUGGUGCCCGCUCCCCACAGUCACCCACCGGCAGUGAGCCAAAGCUGCCGGGGUUCCUGAGCUUCAAAUUCCUCAAGUCACCUGAGAAUAAGAAGGAAGGUGCUGCGGCUUCUGUGGCUGCCGCCACAACCACUAAUGCCACAGCAACAUCCUCAUCGUCAUCAUCUUCAUCAUCAGGUAGCAGCUCUCAGGAGCGUUCUCAGUCACCCAGCAAAGCCUUCAAUCCUGGGAAACUGUUUAAUUUUGGGAAAUCGGAGGGAGGGACAUGUGCGAAUGGGGCUCCGCUGCCCAGAUCCGGGGAAGGAUCGUCAUCACAAACAUCAGAGAGACAACCUUCCAGGUCUGACUUGAACGGUGUUCCAGACGAGAUCCCCUCGCCUGGAGGGGAAGAGUCCGAGAACGGACAUUCAACAGACUUGGACACGGCUGGCUCCAAAGUCUAGUAGCUGCAGAGAACAAACUUUUCUUUGGUUACAUCUCAACUGAAGAAGUGAUGUGUUUACUGUGAGGAAAGGUUUGACCUAGCCUCUGUAUUGUCAUAGGCCAUGUGUAGAAGUACAUGAAACAGAGAGAGGAAAAGAUGAAGCUGAUGAGAGAUGACAGUUGUUUUGGUUUGCUUUUUUGCUGAGAGACAGAAAAACAAGGCUUUAUAAGAAAGACAUAAACCUUCCUAUUAUGACUGAAUAAAAACACACACACACACACACACACACACACACACACACACACACACACACACAUCCCUUACACACACAAACAUACAAAUCCUUCCUUGUCUGCAAUACAUAAAGAAAUGCAUGAGCUGCGUUUCUAAUAUUUUUAAGCCUUUAAAGCAGAGAGCUGUGUUUCUUGAUUUCUUCUAGUCAGAAAUUGUAAUCAUCUCGGUGGCCUCCCAGAAGGGCAUAACAGCUUGUUAUGGAGGAAAAAGAUUUUAAAAACAAAUACAGUGGUAUGAAAGCGUCACCGAUUUUACAUCAAAUAACUACUGAGAGUGUUCUUUAGCUGUCACAACACGAGUGAUCAUUAGAUAUCUCAUUUUUAACUGUGAGGAAAUCUUGGGCCCCUCACUUUUGUACUAAAGUGGAAAAAUGGAAUAGCAAUAUCAGUGAUUGUUUUAAUUAUUCUUAUCAAUCAUCACACAAACGCUCCCUUAAUAAGCAUCCCUGAUAUAUCGCCAGCUUUAUUUUCAAAGCAGAGGUGAUGUCUGAGCUUUGUACAUUUCCUCCCACCCUGUGGCAGACUCAGAUUUGUUUGAAAAGAGAAUAACGAGCUUAUUAAGAUGAGUAUUUUUCCCAACGGAGCAAGUGGAAGAGAGACAAGAACAAGCAGAAAAAUAAAUAAAAGCAGAAGUAGACAAAGGUGAUUUUGAAAAAAAUGGAGCGUGGAAGCCUGUUGAGUUCUGUUAUCCAUCCGAGCCCGUAGAGCACCUUGUAAACACAGAUGGUGCUCCAUUCCACACACACACUAACCAGACUUGGCAACCGAGCGCAGAGUUAAAGAAGUAACAUUUGCACUAAACCCUGACGUCCUGCAUAGAAACGUAUCUCUCUCUGCAGGAGAGAGAGCCAACACCAGCCUGCCUCAUAACAUUAUGCAAAAGCUGGAUUGUUUGUUUUCCUCCUGUCACACAGUACAUGCUAUCUUCUCAUCUGUCCCUGCUCUUAGCAACUGUGGGAUUUUCCCAGAUAUUCAGAUGAGGCUUUUUUUUAACAAUAGUUGCUCUUAUUUAUGUUGAGCUCCAUACGUUUUUUUUAUAAACACCAUUUGCUGAUGAUUGAGAGUUUCCUUUUUUUAACCAAACUGUAAUUUUUUCAGGUUAUACUGUUAUCCCCAAGAUGUCUGUUCUGUAUAUUCUGUUAAUCAUGUACUUCAACACUGUUUAUGGAAACAAUGCUCCUCAAGUAAGCAAGCCCCUGAUCAUCUGCCAUUAACCGGUAUUCCACUUCUGCAGGGUCUCCAGACGGUGGUGCCGCAAUUUGUCUGCAGAGAAAAAUGCGUUGUUAAACUGCUGAUUUCGAUUCACUAUUGGCUAUUUACCCAUGACAUCGGUGUCUAGUUAUUGGUAUACAGCAGGGGCAGCGAAGUUAGUGUCUGGCCGCAGUAGAAGAGCACUUGGAAAAAGGGAAAAUGCAUUAUGGGGUCAAAAGAUAAGGUACACAGUGAGAAAAGCUUCAGAGGCCGUUGCACUGUAGGUUGAGAGACAGACACAUUAACUAUGCAUUUCCACACCAUCACCACUGGCAAGGAUUUUGGCAAUAACUGAGUUGUAGGAGACUUACAUGUAAUACAGUAAGUCUAGACUAACCUCCCCACCUGCAGCAACAAUUUGUACUGCAUUCUCCCCAGCCAGUUAAAAUAAUAACAAUGAUCUCAUCCAUCUACCGCUUUGUGUUUUACAGAAUCUGUCUGUUCUCGGGAUGAUGAUCACAUGGUUUCAGCCAGGUUUUUUCUAUAUAUUUUUUUUGCUCCUUUCAUGUGUCUGUGACAACAUUACAAUAAGUAAAGUCCACCUUUCAGUCACAUGCCUAAAGAAAAUACAAAAAUGUACUUCCGCAGGAAGGCAAAAAGAUCUUACUGACAUUAAAUGCAAUAAGGAAAAUAGGACAAUUGUGUAGACACAGUAUAUUUUACUGGCAAUCUACAGUACGUUCUUUACUAUAUUUGGAAGUCGUGUUCAUCAUACAUGUAAAAUGAGAAGUGCACGGCUGAGAGAAAUUUAAUGUCUUCAGUGUCUUCGUGUUUCAUUCUCACAGGCUGGCCAUUGUUAAAGGGAAACUUCAGAGCAGACUUCAAUGCAGAUCAAGAUGUUACAGCAUAGCUGAGCAUAGUCUCAUCUAAACAUUUAUUCUUGCAGCAUUUGGAUUUCAGGGAUGAAUGACGCCACGAUGCAAUAGAGUCUAUUUCAUCACCAUUUUAAAAGUUUAUUUAGAAAGAAUGAGCCAGUGCCCCAGUAGAGAAAAACUGGAGUGAAAAGGCAGAAAUAAGGGCAUUUGCUCUCACUGGCAUAUCACAGUGGGGCUUAGGUCAUGCCUCCAUGUACGUAGUUCCUCCUUAUUCAGGGAAAAUUUGCAACUUCGCAGAAUAGAAAUGGAUACCAUUAACCAACUUAUCACGUUUAUCAUCCUUGCACUCUUGGCAGCAGCAACAUAUUGCAUAUUGUUAUAAUGGGAGUUCUUUAAAUAAGCAUUAACUGAAGUAAAGUAACAGGUACUGAAUAGUUUUGCCACGCCAGUGAACGUAUCACCGUUUUCUUGGGUCAAGCACAGGCUUCUCUCGCAUAAGGACGGCAGCUCAUACAGCUGAGACUGAACAGUUCUUUUAGGAGUUUAGGUUUAUUGUAUUCACGCUUUACAAGUCAGUCUAAUGUGAAAUUGGUGGAAAAGGACAGAGUGAAUUUAGUAAAUGUACUGUUUUCUGGACUUUAAGAGUGGAUGUGAACAGGUGAGACUCUCACCACAGCUACAUUAAAACCCGACCCAAACCUCAAAGUUUUACAUGAGUCAUCCUCCAUAGAAGCCUCACUUACUCAACAUCAUAUGCUCUUCCAAUGUACCACUGUACAAAAAAAAAAAAAAAAAAUCUUUUAAAGAAAAAUU